AUGUUCUCCCCGUAUUCGGAAGACUUCGAGGUCCCCGAAUCGACGCUUCGACCAUGCGAUUUUGACCUUUCUCCCCCGACUUCAAAGCGAAUCAAAACGUCGACCACGACGAGCGCCCCGCCGCAUUUACUCGCCCAACAACAGAUUCACCCCUUCCACCGCGUCCCGACCUUUGAAGGCAUUCCAAUUCCCGCUCCGCUACCGACACAACAAAAUCCCGGAAACUCGCGCAAACGUCCCCCUUCCCCCGCGACAGGAUCUUCUGUCAUGAUGGCAUCGCCAGUGAACCCCGGAGUGGGUGCGAUCGAGGAUCCCAGCGCGCUCCCUGCAGUCGAGUCCACACCCAAAAAGAAAGGGCGGACAAAUACGCCAUGGACCGCGGAGGAGGAGCAACGACUCAAGACAAUGCGCGACGCCGGCCGCAGCUGGAGUGAAAUCGCCAAGACUUUCCCUACUCGAACCGAAGGCAGUGUCAAGAAGCACUGGUACAAGGACAUGCACUACGCAGAAUUCGCCGAAGACGAGUCCGUGAAGCUUCGAGAGGCAAUCAAGGAGUACGAAACGAACAAGUGGAAGGUGAUCGGGCAGAAAGUCGGCAAGCCUGCUAAAGCCUGCGAGCAAUAUGCCAAAGAGCAUUUCAAGAAUGUCUGA